UGGUGUGAGAGAUCACCAGUGGAUGGCAGCGCUCUUUCGCGUGUCAUGAUUUUGAAGAGCCCACGCGUUUCACUCUAGGUUCCCCACUCGGCACGCACCAAUGCAGACACGGACCGGAUCGGACGCAGCUGGCGCCUGAACGUGUAUCCAUCUUCAUUGCGCUCACGGUGUCCGCUUUCUCCAGCUCGCCGGUAUCAUGCAGUCUUUAAUAUCCCCAGUCACCAAAGCAAUACUGGUUGCACUGUUUAUUUUUGCGAUCCUUCUCAUUUUGUACGUGAUAUUAUGGUAUAUAUGUCGAGAUGUGGAUUGUGAUCACGGAAUUUGAUUGAAAUUAUUGGAUGCGUCUUUAAGACAUGCACCGGGUGUCCCAGCUUUGGCACUGAUCAACAAGGGAGCAAAAGGUGACUCUGUGGUAACUCUCCGUAACUCUGCAUCCAGACUCUCAAGUGUGUCUACAGUGAUUGACGUAGAAAGCGGAACUAUCGAACAAACAGCUGAUAACAUUCUGCUGUACUUCAACACGGAGCGUAAAUACUGAGACACUCGCUGUCAUCUUCAAACAUGUGGUGGCUUUUACCUUGUAUCCUCGGCUUCAUCAGACUCUACUUAGACGGCGUCAAAGUUCUUCUAUACCAGCUUUUCAACAGAUCCUUCACCCUGCCAGAUUUGCCCAAGCAGAAUGGAAAGGUUGCCAUAGUUACAGGGGGAGCCAGAGGAAUAGGAUAUGAGAUUUCCAGACAUCUGGUCAGCCUGGAUAUGCAUGUGGUCAUUGCUGGGAAUGAUGAACAGAAAGGUCUGGCCACAGUGAAGAAGAUUCAAGAAGAGUUGAAUCAGGGAAAAGUGGAGUUCAUGUACCUGGAUUUGGCUUCUCUGACAUCUGUGCGGCAGUUUGUCCAGAGGUAUAAAGCCAAAGGUUUGCCUCUACACAUCCUUGUCAAUAAUGCUGGUGUUAUGCUUGUUCCGGAGAGGAGGACAGAGGAUGGAUUUGAGCUGCACUUUGGGCUAAACUACCUGGGCCAUUUCCUGUUGACAGUCCUGUUGCUGGAUGUGCUGAAGAAGUCAGGCAAACCUGGGAAAUUUUCCCGAAUAAUCAUUAUGUCUUCAGCUUCCCACUAUGGAGGAAGAUUAACUCUGGAUGACUUGCAAGGAAGGAUGUGUUACAGUACUCAUGGUGCAUACGCCCAGAGUAAACUGGCCCUGCUGCUGUUCUCCUACCACCUGCAGAACCAGUUGUGGGUCAGAGGUGACCCUGUAACAGUUAACGCAGUGGACCCAGGCAUGGUGGACACAGCCCUGUAUGACAAUCUGUCUAGUCUAGCCAAGCUGGCCAAGAAACCUUUCGCUAAACUGCUCUUCAGGACGCCUGCAGAAGGAGCAUCCACGGCCAUCUACUCUGCAGCUGCCUCCGAGCUGGAGGGGAUCGGAGGACUGUAUCUGUACAACGGACGCAAGACGGAGUCUUCAGCACUUUCUUAUGACGAACGGCUGCAAAGCAAGAUGUGGAAAGAAAGCUGUGCUCUAGUGGGUCUCCAGCAGAACUGAGAGAACAUCAACACUGAGCUCCUGAUCACUGAGACCUCGGCCCUCAUCUUAUAUAACGUUCAUAUAAUGUCCACCUGAAAAUUUUUUACGUUAGUGUCCCUAUUUGGCAAAUUUUCAUUCUCUAAGACUGUCCCUUGGUUUUUAAAUCAUCUUAUUACCUUUAUAGUGUUCACACAGCCGUCUUUUAACGUCCUGAGAACGUGUCCCUCAACAAUGCAUGACUAAUACUAACAACUGUGCCGUUUUCCGUCCUGAAACUGCUCUCUUCCUCCUCACUUGGGAGCUCUCUGAACACUUUUUCCCUGAACUAAGCAAAUAAAACAAUGAUUUUGUCUAAUAAUCAAUUAUCUUGUUCUCUGCUAAGCCUUUUUGGGGUGCUUAAUGAAUCAGGAUCGUCGCAAUGGCUGUUCUGCUGAUUUUCCUUCGGAUUUUGUCAACAGACUAUAAAGACAAUCGAAGGAUAAAAGGAUUAUAUGUGAAAUCUCCAGCUCUCUAAACUGGCCAAAUACCAGCCUGUGUCUGUUGAUUCUCUUUGUUUCCGUGCUGGGAUUUUGCAUCUUUCUUUGUUAGUAUAGUUGUAUAUUUUCAGUGGCGCCUAUGUUGGGUUAUUCUGCCCAUCUGUCAGUGUCAUUCCUCCCUCUGCCUACCGCAUCUAAUUGUCUAAACACAAACUGCAGAAGGGCUAAGCAGGAAAAACAUUCGUCUGGCUAAGCCCUUCAUUUUUCAUUUCUCCUCUGUGCAAUUUUCUGUGUUUUGAAUCUUCCACAGAGACGGCUGCCCUCACGCCAGGUGCCUCCCCUACAUUCACCUUCUUUCUCCCUGAGGGGGAAAUCUCAUCCAACUGUUCUGUUCGUGACUGUGACGUGCUGAGAAUUUGUGAUUAUAAUGUGUAAUAAUGUUGUGUAGUUGUUGUUGUUGGUUUUUCAACAGACCUUGAAACUGAAAUAUUUUUAAUAUGUGCACAUAUUUUAUAAAUCAAGAUUUUCCUUUGAGAUGUUGAGUCUUAACUUUUAAAUAUAUUCAUCCUUUUUUUAAAAUGUAUUAAUUCAAGGUGGGUGUGCAAUAGCAAACCAGCUAAUUGAGUCUUGAAAUAAUGGAAAAUUGGAAAGUUUUCCAACAGGAGAUGUCGCUUCAUAAAUACCAUUAUAUAAAAGUACUGUAAAAUGUGUUACUUUCUACCCGCUGGUGUCUGUGACUACUUGGUGGUGUCGUCUCAAGUUUGGCUGCUUUUGGUAAAGUGCUGUUUUGACCCUUUUAAAUUCUAAUUUAAAUGCACUUGUGUCAAAAUGUGCCUGUCAUUUGUGUGUUUUAUGUGGCGUCAGUCAUGAAGUUGACCAAAUACGUUCAUAUUUAAAUAUCUCUCAACUAAUUCGGUUCCUUUUCUGUAUCGUACGAUGAAUGGCAUACGAAGUUUUUAGGUAAAAGAGAGUUGGAGAUAUUCACCCAUUUGCAUUCCUUUUGAAAAUUUCCUUUCAUCAUCGCCUAGUUUUGCUUAUUGUACUGUAAUUAUGCACUAAUGGAAGUGCUGCUGUAUUAAAAUUUUCCUAGCAUUAAAGGAAGUGUAAUUCACUUCCACGCACAUAUAAUAAUGAUCCAAUAGAUAAAUUAUAUGCUUGUGAUACUGCAAAAUAUAUUAAUAACAAUAUUUGGAAGCACCAAAUGGUUGAUGAUAAAUUAAUUGGGUCUCAGUACAAAAUGUGCAAAGAGGAUUUUGCGUACUUGGCUCCUCAGCCACAUGCACUGUGAAUGAGCCCGAUGUGUGUGAAAGAGAGGGAUGAAGACGGAGAAAAGAGUGCAGCAUAAUCUUGCCAGGAGACUCUGAAGUAUCUUAUCUUCAGCUCUUGUAGAAAACAGAGUGAAUGAGUUUCUCUUCUAAGGCUCGUCUAAAUAAAAACACUGAUUUUC